AUGGCCACAAAAACCUUCGAGGUAAAAACUGAAGAGGAAAUGAACAAGUUAGACGAGCACAUAAAAGAGAAAGAAGAAUCAUACAAACGAUUUUUAUGUCAUCAGGAUCUUAACAAGGCAGACAAAAGUGUUAUCUGUGCCAGCUUUGACAUGCAGAAAGUGCUUAAUACUCCACACGGUGACAACAUGGCCCUUUAUUAUAGCCGAAAAAUAUCUGUGUAUAAUUUCACAAUUUAUGAAAGUAACACGCAGGUAGGGCUCUGUAAUAUAUGGAAUGAAAAUGAUGCCCAUCGUGGAGCAAAUGAGAUUUCGUCAUGUUUACUAAAUUAUAUAAUGGAAGUUGAUUCUCAAACUAAAAUUAAGACUUUAUUAUUGUAUUCCGAUUCCUGCUACGGACAAAACAAAAAUAAGACCGUUUUAUCUAUGUUUCGCUUUGCAUUAUCUAGGUGUGUUAAUCUUGAAGUUAUUCAGAUGAACUACUUGAUCCCUGGCCAUACAUAUAUGCCUGUAGAUAGCAUGCAUUCUGUGAUAGAACGAGCAGUGAAGAAAACAAUAGUAUGGGCUCCAUCUCAAUGGCCUACUAUUGUAGAAAUAGCCAGGAAGAACCCCUUUCCUUACAAAGUAACCAAACUUGAAGGAACAAAUUUUAUGGGAUUUGAAGAAAUAACAAAUAAUACUUUUAAGAAAAACCAAAGAAUUAAUAUUUCAAAGAUGCAUGUGGUUACAUUUAAAAGGUGUAAACCAAAUGUGAUGUAUGUGAAAAAUUCAAUGUUGCCACAAACUGAAACAAUUGAAGUUCAAUUGAGCGGACUCAAUAGUGCAAUGCCGAAAACAAAUUUAUAUUCGACUAAGUUACCAAUAUCCCAACAAAAAUAUAAUGACUUAAAAAAAUUAGUGGAGAAAAAAGUGAUUCCAAAUAUGUACGCCAAAGAAUAUUUAAAUUUUAAGUACAGCUGUAAAACAAAUGACUGUUUACCUGAAACCGAUGAAGACGACUGA